CUUGACAGCAUUUCCCUAAACGCAGCUGGUCGUCUGGCUCCGUGUUGAAAGUGAGAGCCGAGUCUCAUGUGAACGCCGUCUGACUUCUGGGUGAACUUACUCAGUGUUUGGUCUCUCUGAGGCUCGUUACGGCUCCAGAUUAAAUAAAUGAAAAUCAGUUUAUUUUACACAUCAACACCAACACAGGACUUCACACUGAGACAACUUUGUCUGUAGCGGGUGUUCCUGGAACUAGAGGUGGAAAAGUUGGCACCACGUCUGCCUCCACAUGCUGCCGCUUAACGAGACUCAUGGCUGGACUGAGACUGAGCGCUGAACGGCUUCCCUGCUCUGGGCUGUCCUCCGGGUUACAUCACAUCAGCUGUCUCUCUGCUUGUCGGGUUGAUCACGUGAUCCAUCGCAGCUCAUUUCACCGUGGGCAGAGUUAAGUUGAGCUCGUGAGCGACAUCAGACUACGCUGGCCCUUGUAGGUGGCUCUGCUGUUCUUCUGUUUUGGAGCCGGUGGUCGUAGAUAAUGACAUUACCCCAGUGAACUUAACAUCAAGGUUAAAAAUGACUUCAUCCCGGGCUCAUAUUCUUUGUAAAUGAUGCGGUCUGUCUACUGGUACUGAUAGCAUCUGUAGUUGCGAUGGCCGUUGCCUCCUCUCCAGAGAAGGAUCAGCCCCUCCUCCAGCUCCAGAAGGUGGACUCCAGUCGAGUUGGCUGUCGUGUCCUCUCCCCAAUCCUAAGCUCCUCCCUGGAAUCAAGCCAGCCCAUCUGCAUCCCGUCCCCUUACACCGACCUCGGCCACGAGUUCACCACCAUACCUUUCUACAGUCCAACUAUCUUCAGCUAUGCCAGUCCUGGCAUUUCAGACUGCCCCGCUGUCCAUCAGUCACUAAGCCCUUCUUUAUUCUGGCCCAGCCAUGGCCACGUAGGGCCCUCCAUACCCCCCCACCACCCCCAGACUCGGCCUCAGCACGGACAGCCGAUCCAGAGUCCAUGGGUGGAGCUGUCGCCGCUGGACCAUGUGUCAGCAAGCAGUAAGAGUGCGAGGAGACGCUCUCAGGAAAGCGAGGAAGGCAUGAUGUCAUCCGGCGGGAAAUCGGACCUCCACUACUGUGCUGUGUGUCACGACUACGCCUCAGGCUACCACUAUGGCGUCUGGUCAUGUGAGGGGUGUAAGGCCUUCUUCAAGAGGAGCAUCCAAACAGGAAAAAAUGACUACAUCUGCCCAGCAACCAAUCAGUGCACUAUAGACAAAAACCGCCGUAAGAGCUGCCAGGCGUGUCGCCUACGCAAGUGCUAUGAAGUUGGCAUGACCAAGUGUGGUAUGCGAAAGGAGCGUGGAAACUACAGGAACCCCCAGAUGAGGCGAGUGACCCGUCUGUCCUCACAGGCCAGAACCAACAGACCGAGCGUGUUGACCGCACCAGCAGUGAGUUCGUUAAACGCGCCCCACCGGCCCGAGCUGACCUCAGAGCAGCUCAUUGAGCGAAUAAUGGAGGCCGAGCCGCCGGAGACCUACCUCAUGAAGGACAUGAGGAGGCCGCUGACUGAAGCAAACAUCAUGAUGUCGCUCACCAACCUGGCUGAUAAGGAGCUGGUUCACAUGAUCAGCUGGGCCAAGAAGAUUCCAGGGUUUAUAGAGCUGAGUCUCUUGGACCAGGUGCACCUGUUGGAGUGCUGCUGGCUGGAGGUGCUGAUGAUCGGUCUGAUGUGGAGGUCACAGGAACAUCCAGGGAAACUUAUCUUCUCCCCCGACCUCAGCCUGAGCAGAGAGGAGGGAAGCUGCGUCCAGGGCUUCGUGGAGAUCUUUGAUAUGCUGAUAGCUGCCACGUCCAGAGUGAGAGAGCUCAAACUCCAGAGGGAGGAGUACGUCUGUCUCAAGGCCAUGAUCCUCCUAAACUCCAACAUGUGCCUCAGCUCCUCAGAGGGCAGCGAGGAGCUGCAGAGUCGCUCCAAGCUGCUGCGUCUUCUGGAUGCUAUAACAGACGCUCUGGUGUGGGCCAUCGCCAAAACCGGCCUCACCUUCCGCCAGCAGUACACCCGCCUCGCGCACCUGCUCAUGCUGCUCUCACACAUCCGCCAUGUGAGUAACAAGGGCAUGGACCACCUCCACUGCAUGAAAAUGAAGAACAUGGUGCCUCUGUAUGACCUGUUGCUGGAGAUGCUGGACGCCCACAUCAUGCACAGCUCCCGUCUGCCUCGCCGCCCCCCUCAGCAGGAGUCCGAGGACCGGAGGGAGGCUCCUGCUCGGCCACGCGGCUCCGAUAGCGGCCCGUCAAACACCUGGACUCCCAGCGGCACUGGAGGCGGAGGUGAACCCCAGUAGUCGGAUCAGAAUUCAAAUGCAGUGAAGUUUCAUAGCUUUGCACAAAACUAGCUCACGAGACUGACGAGUGUUUUACAGGGACGACCUCCAGAGCGCUGAACUCUGAACGCUCUGUGUGAAACACACUGUGCACUAAUUGUGGAGAACGUUUCAAAUGUUCGUUCUGCAGACAGACCAGACUUGCAGUAUUCAUUGCCUUGCCACCACGUUGAACAGCCAGGGUGGAACAGGAACACGAAGACGUUGUUCUCAUCAUUUGUUCAGUAGCACCAGUACUUACUUUAAAUUUUCAUGUAAUCAUAUGAGUUAGUGAACCACUUGUAUGUGCUAAGGCAAGACAGUAUUUCAGUGGUCACAGGUAGCACUCUGGGCUUAGGCUGACUGCGAGAUGUAAGCAGAGAUAAUAAACUGAUAUGGACUUAGGCAAUAUGUUAAGUGACGUAUAGGAGGAGGUAACAGAGGGUUAUACAGCUUCUAUAGAGAUCUAACUAUUCCUUUGGUGUUUUGGGGUGUACACUGGAGUUUUAUAUCAACAAAAUUAAUUCAGUGGCCUAAACCUACCUUGUAAUAUUUGAUAAAGUCUAAUAUUAUCUGUCUGUCCUAGUUUUUCUAUCUUAAAGGAAUAGUCUGACAUUUUGGCAAAAUACUCCUUUUCACUCCCUUUCUCAAAGUUGGAUGAGAAGAUCAGUAAAAGCCUUGUAGCUGUAGCCACAUAGUUUAGCUAAAAGGGUGGAAACAGGUGGGACACAGCAAGCCUGGUCUUGUCUGUCACGACAUCAAAAGCUCACUAAUCAACAUGAUCUUGUUCGUUUACUGUAAGUUGUACAAAAAUCACAAUGUGACAAUUUGACGCGUUAUCGUAGGUAUUAAACAUGCUAAAUGUAAUGUAAAUUAGUGAGCUUUUGAGCUGCUGGUAACCAGGUGUUAUGCUAAGCUAAGUGGCUGCUGAGUGCUGAUUUGUCUCUGAUCUGUCGCCUGUGAUCACCACCAGCUGUCGGUAAUUGAAAAAUCAGGGCCAAAUUCAUGUAGUGUAGACUGGGUAUAACUCUGGAUAAGAAAAGCGAACAAUUUAUUUCCUAAAAUGUUUGACAAAAGCAAUAGCUUGGGGCUAGGCCUGCUAAAAACAUGCAAUACCACUGUUUUAUGUUGGUUAAAAUUACAUUCGGAGACCCAUUUAUUGUAUAUUACGGACAGAAAAAAAAGAUUGCAAAAGCAACUGAGAACUGAAAGCUAGCAGAACAGAAACUGCAUUGGAAGUAAUGUAGGAACUGUAGUCAACAACUCUCAAAACAGGAAACUGAUGAGCUUUUUCAGUGGUGUUUCCGGUCAGAAACUAACCCAGAAAUGAAUUCUGUUGAGGCAGCUAAUUUGUAGUUUUUGUUGGGUCACAGCAGGCCUCCUGGCAACCACUAGAGGGCGCUUUUCUCCAUGCACUAGCACAACUUCUCCAGAUUACCUAAUUAUCACUGUACAUUGUUGGCUUUACUGUCAAAGACGUUGAAAUUGUUUCCUGUGAAGAAUCAUAACUGCUAUUGCUCUUAAGACAUAAUUACACCCAUACCUGUUAAACUUUGCUUGAAGAAAGCCAUUUUUGUAUCUUGCAACUCGCUGCAGUAGCUGUUGUGUGCACAGUCGCGAUGCAGCUUCGACGAUCAGGAUCACCAAAAGAGGGGUGCAUAAUAUGAAAAUAUGCAGACUUUGUUAACCACACCCCAGGAACUCUUUAUCGCCAUACAUGUUAACGUGUACCGUCACUGUGUGCAUGCACUUGAACUGUAACUAAUGUUCUCUGAAAAGAUUGCCGUAACGUGCCUGUUUAAUACCUGGUGAGCGCUUUUAGUUAAUUAUCUCUGAAUCCACUUUUCAAAUCAUCCAGGACAGACGCGGCAACUGUGGACCUCCAGUGUCCAAAAACAAGACAUUUCGCAGUGUGUUUUUCAUGUGUUUUUGUCGUUCUUGCACUCAGCCGCUCUCUCUGGUUUACAACAUGAAAUAAAGCAACAACAUUGUACAGAUAA